AUGGCGGAGACGCCUGAUGCUGACGUCGAGUACUUGGAGGAAUUCCUCGCUAGGGCGGUCAAUGAUAAUUUUGACGUUCAUUUCGACGAUGGAUCAACAACGGAAGUAGCAUCAAGAAUUAGAGGUUUGAGGAAGAUGACGUUAGAAGGGGACUUCAAAUUGGUGGACGACAUGUAUGCCAAAUGGCAAGAAAAGCAGGCAACAGGUGGAGAAAAGAAAAUAUUGGCGAAGCAAGUGGAGGGCAAUGAAGACGAAGACACAGAUUGGGACAGUGAAGACAUGGAAGAUGAAGAUGACGCGAACAUGGAGGAUGCGCCACAACUCGUCAAAACCCCUAAGGAAAGAAUCAUGCCGAAGGUCGACGAGGAAGGCUUCACAGAAAUUAUAGGGAAGAAGAGAAGAGGAGAGCUGGCUAUUGAGGACCAUUGA